UUUAUACAACAACGAGGCGCACGCAGGCCGCCCCAGCCGAAGAAAGUGAGAAUUACACAAAAAUGCUUAGUGCGAAUUUCGAGGAGCUUGCCGCUUUGUACAAUAUGGAUUUCACCAGCGCCAGCAAUAGCAGCCCAUCGACGUCUUCAUCUUCGUUAGAAAGCCAAACGGAAUUGAUCGCGUACCAAAGUGAGGGUGACUUGGUGGAUAACUUCGACUUUAACUAUGCCGUGGAUGAUACGCGAUACCCGGUAGCCAGCAGCAGCGUAAAUUCAAAGUGUUGGUCUUCACAUCAGUUUUACAACUACAACAACCAUGAUGCCUGUGCAGCUAUUAAAGCGGAAAAGUCGAAAGCUCGAAAAAUGAAUUGUAGAUCCGCAUACAGACAUGGCUCCGUAAAGCUCGCGCCAACCAAUGCACCGCACUUAAAUAAUAAACUCGCCCGUGUAUCGGCGCAUACUUCCGGUUGUGCGCCACAGGACAUUCUGCGGAAGCGUCGCCUUGCGGCCAAUGCACGCGAACGCCGACGCAUGAAUAGCUUGAAUGAUGCCUUCGAUAAGCUGCGGGAUGUUGUGCCUUCAUUGGGCAACGAUCGGCGACUUUCGAAAUAUGAAACACUGCAAAUGGCUCAAGCUUAUAUUGGAGAUUUGGUUAAACUGCUGACGCGUGAUUAUUAAGUUUAAUUAUUAAACACCGUAUUUCUUG